GCUGCUGCAAGUUUAGUGCCUUCGCCCGUGUCACCGCCCAAGGAUGAAGCCGCCGCUGGCGAAGCCGCGCCCUGGAAGAAGCGCCGCGUGCGCGGCGCGGCAGGCACUGCAGCCGCUCCGGCGCCUGUGGUUGUGCCAGGUAAGGCGGCACCGACCGCACCGACGGCAGCGGCUCGAGCGGCAGAGACUUCAGCACCAGCGGAGGAAGCCAAGAACGUGAAGGAAUUGUUGCCUCGCAAGGUGCUGUUGUCCAACGUGCCCGCGACGGCCACCAUCAAGGAAAUCUCAGAUUUCUUUACAGGAGCAAUUUUCACCGCCACGGGGCAUACCUUGGGGGACAACCACAAGGUGGUGGAGCUUGUUGAGGUCCAGAAUGGCGGCCAUGCAGAGGUGCUGUUCGCCACGCCCUUGAGCGCCAGCAUCGCCGUGGCACUACACGGGAUGAACUUCCAGAAUAAGGUCCUGGGCAUCCGUCGACCGCCUGGCUUCACAGGGCCACCAUUGAAUCGCGCCAAGCUGCUGACGGUGGCCAUGAAGGACUUGGUCUCCGAUGCGCCUGGCCCAACGGGAGCUGCGGGAGCUGCGCAGGCGCCACCCAGCACCGCGCCCGGCGCGCCCGUUGCGGCGCCUGGCGCGGCUGUGGUGAAGAUCACAGGGAUCCCAGCGUCGAUGACGGGGAGCAGCAUCUUCGAUUGCCUGCAGCAGUUUGGAGGGCCGUUGAAGAAUUUGUCUUUGACCAAGACCCAGACCGGGGAACACAACGGCAGCGGCACCGCAGAGUUCCUGGAGUCUUCCUCCGCGCUGGAGGCCUGUCGCUUCUCUCCCUUCUUUGGUUUCAUCGAGGUGACGAUGCAGGAGAUCCGAACAUGUUUGGAGGUUUCCUAA